UAACUUCCACCACCUACGGCUCUCUUUCACUCAUCGACAUCCAAAAGUCAGCAAUCGACACCACCCAAGGCGACGACUCGCCGGUUCAUGUGGACCAAGACGAGUCAUUGUCACCGGACUCAGUCAUCAACACAUGGGAACUCAUGGAUGGGCUUGACGAUUGCGGCGAUUUAUAUCUGGGUAAGCCUAAAUCUAUGUUUAAUACUCGUACAAAGGAGAUUCCAUCAUUAACAAAACCAUUGUGGAAGCAUUUAUCUGAAGAAUCAUUGCUUUCAAAGCUUGACCCUAACGUGGUUUCAAGCUACAGAAGAGCCUUAUCUUCAAGGCAAUUAGUAAACGAAUCCAAAACCACAAUCUCCGUAUGUUCUUCUUCAAGCCCGUCAUGCACUUCUUCACUAUCUGAUAGCUGGGUCAAAGUGCCAAGCACUGAGUCCAAAAUCGUUUUAUACUUCACUAGCUUAAGGGGGAUACGGAAAACAUACGAGGAUUGCUGUUGUGUUAAAAUGAUAUUCAGAGGUUUUAGAGUUGCAGUCGAUGAGAGGGACAUUUCAAUGGAUUCCAUGUACAGAAACGAGUUGCAGUCUCUACUGGGAGGGAAAAUAAUUUGCCUGCCUCAAGUGUUCAUCAGGGGGAAACACAUUGGUGGCGUUGAAGAGAUUAAACUGCUUAAUGAAAAUGGUGAAUUAUCAAAGCUUCUGUCAGGGUUUCCGGUUCGAGAUCCCGGGAUCGUUUGCGAAGGCUGCGGCGAUGCAAGGUUUGUGCCGUGCCACAACUGUAAUGGAAGCAGGAAAGUGUUUGAAGAAGAUGAUAGGUUGAGAAGGUGCCCGGAUUGCAAUGAAAAUGGGUUGGUAAGGUGCCCUGCUUGUUGCUCUUCAUAAACUGAGUCAAUGCUGGAUUUGGGGAUGCAUGAUUCUUUCCAUAUAUGUUGCUCGGACCCGACAGUCGAGUCGGAGCAAUGAUUAUCUGU